UAACUUUGGCACCCUCUAGACAUAUUUAGUUUCAGCUCUUCAAAGUUUGGCCUCCUAUUAGAAAUAAUUGUCUCAAAUGAGUAAUGUCUGUUUCCAGGGUUCAGAAAAGGCAAACUCAUGAAAUGCCACUGAAAAGAACUUUCAACACAGCAUACUUCAUGUAAAAGAAAUUGUUUGUUUGCUUUAUUUGUGUAGAUUUCUAUUUGUGUUUUACGUCAUGGAAAUAUUCCGGAAUUAACAGAUAAUAGGGUAAAGUAAUAUGCAGAUAGGCUCAAUUCAUUUUGAGUUUCUAGGUAUAAGCAGACUAAAUGUUGCCCAGAAUCAGUGUUGGGUUAUCAGUUCAUAUUAAAUAUACUGAGUUGCCCAUUUUGAAAAUGCACUUUGAAUAAUCUCAAAAAAAUAUACGUUACUCCUAUGAACCACAAAAAAUGAAGCCAAAGGCUUCUGAUCAAUUUCUUAGAACCCUUUACCAUGUAAAAUUUGUCUGAUGUUUGAUUUGUGAUACAAUUUCUCCUGCUAAAGCUGCUAUUAUUCUGACAAGGUAGAGGUCCAGGUUCACCUUCAUAUACAUUUAAAACAAUUAGAACUGAAUUGGAAAUAAAAUAUCAUUUACAUCCUAAGGAGAGAUAAGUGUUAGCGUUUUUCUGGUACUUAAAUAAGUCAGUGAUAAAGUUUGCGAAGGGAAAAGUACCCCACUUCUCUCCCAGAGAAAAAAUAACUUUUAGUAUGUUUUGAUAGAACUUUAUUGCUUUGUCAUGAAUUAAGCAAUUAUAUUGGGUUUUCCAAGACCUUUACCAGUAAAUUAUGUUUCUGUAUGUAAAAUAACUAACCCCUUUAUUAGAGAGACAGUGUUGUAUGUAUUUACAAAAUUAUAUAAGUUCCAUUGGGAUUGUAUUGAUUUUUGUAUUUUUCCGAAAUAGUACUUUGAAUUGAUAGUCCUUUAUGCAAUGUCUUAGCAAUAGUCACUAUAAUGCCCUUCCAGGAGAAGUGGGUUCAUCAUGAAAAUGAUAUAUUACAUAUUUAGUAUCUUCCCUUUGCAGUAUUGCACCUUUGUUUAACUAGAAUACACCUAUGAGAUAGCCAAAGUUUUUCAAACACAGUUAACAGUUUGCCGGUAAAGUAUUUCAGCACCAUCCACAUUUCGCUUCUCUCCCCCUAGUUAUACCCACAUGAUCUUCAUUCCUUUCUGUCUCCAAUUUAAAAUAAAGGGGAAAAAAGCCCUAGAUCUUGUCACUAAAAUCUAAUUUAUAUCAAAUUUAUGAGAUAAAGUAUUUUCCUAAUUAUGAUCAAAUGAAUUUGGUUAACAUCUUAGUGAUUCUCUUUCUAUGUAAUAAGGCAGUUGCAGUUUUCAAAGCAUUAAGGCUAGUAUUAACUUUAAACAUUCUCUUGGGUUUCAAGACACUUCUAUCUAAUACUGAUUGGGGAAAAGUUGUCCAGCUAUCAGCUUAAAAAAACAUGCAAACGUGGUUGUGUAAAGUUAAGGGUUAUAAGAAAAGAAAUCAGUAGAAUUACAUAAUACUAAAGUUGCAGUUGAAAGGAUAUCCAAGUAUGUGUUGGUAGUUACUAAAAGAAUUAUAGCUGUUAUUGCCUUGUAUUUAUAGCCCUUGUUUCAGGUUUCAUGAUUCAAGUCUUAGUCCAAUUUUUCUUUUGGACAUUUGCAAUAUUUACCAGUUGUGUUUUGUGUAGUCUGAAUUUGCUUUCUGUAGUUGAGCAAACGUCUUAAAAAGUCAUUUGUAAUUUAUUAAAUUACUUUCUAUGAUGUUCUAUAGAGCAAAUGGAAGUUUAAUUAUUUUUUAUUAAACAUAUUCUUUGACUACCCAUGAUGUCAGCCUCUGUACAUGACAGUUUUUUUAUUUUUAUAUAUAAUUUAUCUUAUUCCAGUUAUGAAAGAAACCAUAGUCAUAAAUCUUUAAAAGGAAAGUGGAAGAAUUUUUAAGAGACAGAAGUUGGCUAUAAUUAUAUCCACAAUAUUAUUAUUUCCUGAAGUUUUCUUCCCCUGGACCUUUAAAAAUCCAGAAAGACCCAGAGAUAUACCUAACCUCUUAAAGAAGUCCAUUUUGAAGAUCAGUAAUUAUUUUUUCCCUUGGUCUUAGAGACUUUCCUAAUUCAUCACUGUUGUUUGCAGUGUUUUUUUAUAAAUAUGAAAGAAAUUUGUUUUUCCUCAAACUACAAAAGUAGAACAGUGGAGUAUCCUCACCCCUUAUUUAACAUGAACACAUUCAACUAUA